CAUACACACUGGGAGCUGCAGGGCUGUGUGUGGGUAGAGUAAACAGGCCGUGUGCACUUUGGAGUGCAGGCUGGGGUGAUCAGGCCUCCGACUGCAGCGUGGUGAAAGAAUAAAUCUGUUUUUGGUGGAAUGGCAGUGCGCUCUCUGCUCCUGCUCUCAUGGCUGCUGCUGCAGCAGAGGUUACACAUCUCAGCAGCCCCUGGGACUGUGUUCCUGGACGAACAGGAGGCAGACUCUGUUCUGCGGAGGCUCAGGCGGGCGAACACUGGGGCGUUCGAGGAGUUCCUGCAGGGGAACGUGGAGAGAGAGUGUAUGGAGGAGAGGUGCAGUCUGGAGGAGGCCAGGGAAGCUUUUGAAAACAAUGAGAAAACGAUGGAGUUCUGGGCAGGAUAUACAGAUGGGAAUCUGUGUAAAUCAGCUCCCUGUAAGAAUCAGGGCACGUGUCAGCACCAGAGCGGGACGUACGAAUGCAGCUGCCAGCCGGGCUUCACCGGAAAGAACUGUGAAAUAGUGACGGCCCGGCAGUGUGACGUGAAUAACGGAGGCUGCAUGCACUUCUGUUCUCGCACUGGAACUGGGGGGGCGGAGUGUUCCUGUGCUAUGGGCUACAAGCUGGUGGGGGACGUCAAGUGUCAGCCUGAAGGGUCGUUUCCCUGUGGCAUAAGAACCAUCAGUGCCAGUAGCUCCACCAGGUCUUUAGAUGGAAUUACAGCCAACAGCACAAUGACCCAAACCAAGAAUCCUGCAGUUCCCAGAGCUCCCAUUACCAGCAACCGGACCAGUAACCUGACCACCAGACUGACCACCAAACCAGUGAACCAGAGCAAGACCCAGAGCAUCAUACCAUCUCGCACCAAAUUACCCCUGUGGGUCUAUAACACCACAGAACCUCCCAACACCAGGAAACGCAUCGUCGGAGGAACCCAAGCAACACCUGGAGAAAUUCCCUGGCAGGUGGCGCUGGUGGUGCGCUCUACACAGCAAGUGUUCUGUGGGGGCUCUAUAGUGAGCGAGAGGUGGGUCAUCACUGCAGCCCACUGUCUGGAGGAGAGCAAGGGCACGCCGUUCUUCAUCAGAGUGGGCGAACACGACGUAUCCAAGAAAGACAGUACAGAGCAGGACCUGGAGGUGGAGAAGGCCGUGGUGCACCCUCGCUACAACCCCACCCUCAGCUUAUACAACCACGACCUGGCCCUGCUCCGCCUGCGCAGCCCCAUCCUGUUCUCCGAGCAGGUCCGGCCCAUCUGCCUGGGGCCCAAACUCUUCACCGAGUCCCUGCUGAACUCGGGGUCCCUGGCGGUGGUCAGCGGCUGGGGCCGGCAGCGCUUUAACGGCCGGCCGGCGGCGGCGCUGCAGAAGGUGGAGGUUCCGUUCGUGGACAGAAGCGAGUGUAAGGACAGCAGCAGCGACCGCAUCACGCACUUCAUGUUCUGCGCCGGAUAUUCGGACGGGGCCAAGGACGCGUGUCAGGGGGACAGUGGGGGGCCACACGCAAACCAGUACCGCAGCACCUGGUUCCUGACUGGCAUCGUGAGCUGGGGGGAGGAGUGUGCUAAGAAGGGGAAGUAUGGGGUGUACACGCGCCUGGGUAACUACUAUAAAUGGAUACAGUACGUGAUGGGCAUCCUCAAAAAAGCACCACUCAAUGAUGUGGAGGUCUGAGAACUUUUACUAACCACAUUUCACAAGAUUUUAAUUUUUUUUAUUGGUUUAAAUAAAUGAUGACACUACGAGUCAAAAGUUUG